UUAAAAAAAUAUCUACACUAUAUUUUGGUUCUCCAUCAUCUUUUAACUGUGGAUUCCCCUUCUCUUUCACAUUCCUUUUCAUAAUUCUCAGAGCACUCUCUCUCUCGCUAUCCCUCUCUGCAAACCCACCGCCUGAAUUUUAACAAUUUUUUCAGAAGUCAUUACCUUUCAGGGUGACCUAGGGCACAUUGUAGUGUUGGAGGAGCUGAGAUUUUAUUGGUUUUAGUUGAGAUAAUAUUUUAAUGGAUUCCAGUUCGAGUUCUCCGGAGUUUGAUUACCUGUUCAAGUUGUUAAUGAUCGGAGAUUCUGGUGUCGGGAAAAGCAGUCUCCUUUUGAGUUUCACAUCUGAUACCUUUGAAGAUCUCUCCCCCACCAUUGGUGUUGAUUUUAAAGUAAAAUUUGUGAAUAUUGGAGGGAAAAAGCUGAAACUUGCGAUAUGGGAUACAGCUGGUCAGGAAAGAUUUAGAACAUUGACGAGUUCAUACUACAGAGGGGCCCAAGGGAUCGUUAUGGUCUAUGAUGUAACUCGACGAGACACAUUUACCAAUCUCUCUGAGAUAUGGGCUAAGGAAAUUGAUCUAUAUUCAACAAAUCAAGAUUGCAUCAAGCUGCUUGUUGGAAACAAGGUUGACAAGGAAAGUGAUCGGGUGGUAACAAAAAAGGAGGGCAUAAACUUUGCUAGGGAAUAUGGAUGCCUCUUUAUUGAAUGCAGUGCUAAAACUCGCGUCAAUGUACAGCAAUGUUUCGAAGAGCUUGUUCUAAAGAUUUUAGAUACACCCAGUCUACUGGCUGAGGGCUCCAAAGGUGUGAAAAAGAACAUCUUUAAUGAGAAGCGUCCACAACCUGAUGCGUCCACUAGCAGUUGUUGCUGAUUUGGUCUAGUUUAUCUUUGCAUCAUUUCCAGAUCUCUAACAAAAGUGGUGAUGGUGAUCCCUCUCCAAAUCCUGAAGAAAUAGUUUUUAUUCAACUAUUGUUUUUGUCUUCAUGAAUUGAAAGUCACAUGUAAUAUAGUAGACUUGUGAAUGCUUUUAUUUGAUUUCUACACUCUUUCUGGUACAUUGAACUACUUCUGAUAAGUGAUGACAAAUUGAAGUUUGGAAACAGAUUGCUGUUAUGUUC